CAUAUUGUGUAAGUGUGUGGUGCUUAUUGUUAAUAAGUGUUGUUACAUUUUCAACAUGUUUUCGGCUAUCUGGAACUGGCUAUACGAAAAACCAAAAGUAGACAUGGACAGCACUCAGGCUCAGUUUGUUCGCGAUACAAUUUCCAAUAACAAGGUCACAAUAUUCAGUAAAAGUUAUUGUCCUUAUUGCACAAUGGCCAAAGAGCCAUUCCGCAAACUGAAAAUUGAAACAAUGAUAAUCGAAUUGAAUGACCGUAAAGAUGGUGAUGCAAUUCAAUCGGUGCUGGGCGAGAUGACAGGCGCUCGAACGGUGCCACGUGUGUUCAUAAAUGGCAAAUUUGUCGGGGGCGGCACGGAUAUUAAGCGUAUGUUCGAAACGGGAACGCUGCAAAAAUACUUUGAAUAAUCCAUAUGCUUUUAAGUUUGUAAAGUUGUAAGACAAUUUAUAGUGUAAAUUUAUCAAUUCGUAAUUACAAUUUAUUAUUAAAUCCUCGAAUCGAAAUGCGCAAAAUG